AUGAGUAUCCAAUAAGAAGCCUAAAUCUAAGUUUUGUAAACUCACCACCAACCCAUACAUUUAAGGCAACCCAAGACACUUGAAUCCAACAUCAAGUGUUGUCGAAAUCGGGUUUUGAUUUACAAGAAACAAAGAGCCAUGUGGGAAUCCAUAUUUUUAACGUUGGCAGCAACCGCCGGUAAUAAUAUUGGCAAAGUUCUCCAAAAGAAGGGCACCGUCAUUCUCCCUCCCCUCUCUUUCAAGCUCAAGGUGAUAAGGGCUUAUGCGGUAAAUAAAGCAUGGGUGAUUGGUUUUUUGAUGGACAUAUUUGGAGCUAUGCUUAUGUUGAGGGCAUUAUCUCAAGCUCCUGUAUCUGUUAUUCAACCAGUUUCUGGAUGUGGGCUUGCCAUUCUCUCUAUUUUUUCCCAUUUUUAUUUGAAGGAGGUUAUGAAUGCUAUUGACUGGAUGGGAAUUACAUUGGCAGGCAUUGGCACCAUAGGAGUUGGUGCUGGUGGUGAGGAGCAAGAUUCUUCUUCAAUAUCCAUUUUCCAGUUACCAUGGCUGGCUUUCAUCGUUUCCAUCUUGUUUGUACUCCUUAAUGGGUGGCUUCGUAUUUUUAAACGUCAACGAAGAGAACAAGAGAUGAUGGAUUUUGAAGUUGUUGAAGAAAUUAUAUAUGGUUUGGAAUCUGGCAUUUUGUUUGGGAUGGCAUCUGUUAUAUCAAAGAUGGGAUUUGUCUUCUUGGAGCAGGGCUUCCCCAGUAUGCUAGUUCCUGUAUGCAUUUCUAUCAGCAUAUGUUGUAGUGGUACUGGAUUUUACUACCAGACGUGGGGUCUAAAGCAUGGGAGGGCUAUUGUAGUUUCUACAUGUGCUGCUGUGGCUUCAAUUGUGACUGGAGUAGUUGCUGGUAUGCUUGCUUUGGGUGAACGAUUGCCUUCUGCACCAACUGCUCGUCUUUCACUUCUGCUUGGAUGGCUACUUAUCAUGAUAGGUGUGAUUUUACUAGUAAGUUCAGCACGGCUUAUGCGUCACCUUCCCUGGCCAUUGCGACAAGUUAUACAGAGUGGGGUUGAUAGAAAUUUCACUCCUCGGCGAUCUGUGUCUCAGCGUGCCAAGGAUCCGAGCCCAAGUGCUAUUAUACAGGCAUCAACGUUGCAUAAUCUGAUAUCAUCUUCAGCAAAGGAGAAAGCUUGACCACAAAAUGACUAGAGGAUCCCUACAGAUGCUUAUAUAUGAAAUUUCUGGUUAACUUGCUUUCACAUUUUGCAAAGUAGCAGAUUGCCUUUCUCGAACCCAGGUGUACAGUAACUGUCUGUCUUUUUUAUUUUUCAGAGGGCAUGACAGAUUUUAGAUCAUUUCUACAAUGGGAAAUGUCUUGAAGCAUGUGUUGUGAAAUCUCAUUACCCUUCUUUUACCAAGCUGUUUUUAAAGUCUCAAUCAUUUGUAAUGACUCUACUUUAUGAUGUUUUUAGUGACAGCAUUUUAACCGUAAACAAGCUUGGAAUUUUUGGGUAAAUAGUUUUGCGGCGGAAUGAUUUUUAUUUUUUUAUUUUUUUUUGUGGCAAUUAUAAGUUACAGCUUUCAUGGUCUUA